AUGGGGGGCAAGGAUGGGGAGGAGCAGAAACCUGCCGUGGCCCAGGAACUGGCCGUGGCCGUGGCUGUGGGCAAGAAGGAGCCACCAGACGAGGGGCCGCCUGCCCAGCCCAUCAAGACUGAGUGCAAGGAGGAGGCCUUGGAGGAGGCGCCCGACAAAGCCCAGGGGAGCGCGGAGGCCGGCGCCGAGCCUGCGCCCGAGGGGGUGGUCAAGGUGGAGAAGAAGGAGGGUGGUGGAGGCUCUGGGGGCAAAGCCCCUUCCACCAAGGGCUCAGGCGCCCCCCAGGACAGUGACUCCAGCGCCACCUGCAGCGCCGACGAGGUGGACGAGCCGGAGGGGGGCGACAAGAAUAGGACAGCACAGGGCAAUUCUGUGGCCGCCCUCAAGGAGCACGUGGUCUGGUCAGGGAGGCAGGCACUGAAUGGAGUCCAGAUGCAGGUGUUCCAUACAGACCUGUGCCCUGCAGGUCACCCGCUGUCCCUGGGCCUGCAUGACAGCACCCGGCCUGUCCUGCCACGCCCGCCCACCAUCUCCAACCCUCCGCCCCUCAUCUCCUCCUCCAAGCACCCCAGCGUCCUGGACAGGCAGGGACUGUCGGUGCAGCUGCACAUCCCAUACUCAGAGCACGCCAAGGUCCCCGUGGGCCCCCUCGCCAUGGGGCUGGCCCCUGCCCUGGACCCCAAGAAGCUGGCGCCCUUCAGCAGCGUGAAACAGGAGCAGCUGUCCCCACGGGGCCAGGCGGGGCCCCCGGAGAGCCUGGGGGUGCCCACGGCCCAGGAGACGUCCGUGCUGAGAGGGACGACCCUGGGCUCGGUUUCCGGAGGGAGCAUCAGCAAGGGCGUGCCCAGCCCGUGUCUUUACCGUGGAGGAAACAAACUGGCAGUCAGCCUCAUGGGGAAACUGAGGCCUGGGGAGCGGAAGCCGCUGACCUCCACCCGCUUUGUGCCCCGGGGCACUCCGGCCGACGUCCUGUACAAGGGCACCAUCACCCGGAUCAUGGGCGAGGACAGCCCAAGCCGCCUGGACCGCGGGCGGGAGGACGGCCUGCCCAAGGGCCACGUCAUCUACGAGGGCAAGAAGGGCCACGUGCUGUCCUAUGAUGGUGGCAUGUCCGUGUCCAAGGAGGACGGCAGGAGCAGCUCGGGACCUGCCCACGAGACGGCCGCCCCCAAGCGCACCUACGACAUGAUGGAGGGCCGCGUGGGCCGGGCCAUCGCCUCGGGCAGCAUCGAAGGUCUCAUGGGCCGCGCCAUCCCCCCUGAGCGACACAGCCCCCACCAUCUGAAAGAACAGCACCACAUCCGCGGCUCCAUCACGCAAGUCCGCUCUGGGCCCACAGGCAGCCACCCGUCCAGCAAGGCGGCCCAGGACCGGAAGCUGACGUCCACGCCCCGCGAGAUCGCCAAGUCCCCGCACAGCGCAGUGCCCGAGCACCACCCCCACCCCCUCUCGCCCUACGAGCACCUCCUCCGGGGCGUGAGCGGCGUGGACCUGUACCGCGGCCACAUCCCGCUGGCCUUCGACCCCGCCGCCAUCCCCCGCGGGAUCCCCCUGGAUGCAGCGGCCGCUGCCUAUUACCUGCCCCGGCACCUGGCCCCGAACCCCACCUACCCGCACCUGUACCCGCCCUACCUCAUCCGCGGCUACCCCGAAACGGCGGCACUGGAGAACCGGCAGACCAUCAUCAACGACUACAUCACCUCCCAGCAGAUGCACCACAACGCGGCCACCGCCAUGGCCCAGCAUGAGCACGCCCAGCAGCGGGGAACUGACCCGGGUCCGGCCUCCUGCAGGAUGGGCUCCAAGUCUCCAGGCAACACCGGGCAGCCGCCCGCCUUCUUCAGCAAGCUGACCGAGAGCACCUCCGCCAUGGUCAAGUCCAAGAAGCAGGAGAUCAACAAGAAGCUCGGCACCCACAACCGGAACGAGCCCGAAUACAAUAUCGGCCAGCCCGGGACGGAGAUCUUCAACAUGCCCGCCAUCACCGUCGCAGGCCUCAUGACCUGCCGAAGCCAGGCGCUGCCCGAGCAGGCCAGCACCAACCUGGGGCUGGAGGCCAUUAUUAGAAAGGCGCUCAUGGGUAAAUAUGACCAGUGGGAGGAGCCCCCGCUGGGCGCCAAUGCUUUUAACGCUCUGAAUGCCAGUGCCGGCCUGCCCGCUGCUAUGCCCAUAACCGCUGCCGACGGACCCGCGUCCCCUGAGCCGCGGCUGCGUGUCCGGCAGCUGUCGGUGUGGGGCCAGGGCCUGCGCACAGAGGGCGGGGACCGCGUCCGCUCCUACGACCAGCGCUGGACAGCCAGCCGCUCAGAGAGGGACGCGGGGACAGCGGUCCAGGCUGCGCCCGGCGUCCACGCUGACGGCUUUUCCCGGGUUCCCGUGGCUGUCACUCGCCGGUUCACACCUCGGCUGAAGGCCUUGGGGCUGCAGCAAACAGCCGAGAGGAGUGCGUCCGGUGGGAGGACCCCGGGAGCGGACGUGGCCAGCAGCUCCGGAGCCACGGAGCUGCCCCCGCGCUUCCCAGGCUGCGCCUGA